GGCUGCCAUCAAGCGAUGGAAUUUUCAAAACCAAUUACUACAUUAUCUUGUAUUUCGUUUUUAGCUCUAUACUUUUCUUUAUACACAAUAACACCAAUUUCUUCAACCUCAUUACAACUACAAGAUGACUUCAUCAAAUGUCUCCACGAAAACACGAAUGUCAAUUUUCCACUCGAGAAAACGUUCUUCUCUCCUGAAAGAAACGCCUCGAUCUUCAUAGAGGUCCUUGAAUCGACGGCUCAGAAUCAACGAUAUUUGACCAAGUCAAUGCCUAAACCGGGUUUCAUAUUUAAACCGGUUCACGAAUCUCACGUCCAAGCUUCGGUCAUUUGUUCUAAGAAACUCGGAAUACAUCUUCGUGUUAGAAGCGGUGGUCAUGAUUACGAAGGCGUGUCUUAUGUUUCACAGAUCGAAACAUCGUUUAUAAUUAUUGAUCUGUCAAGAUUGAGACAGAUCAAUGUUGAUAUUGAAGGCAAUAGUGCUUGGGUUCAAGCUGGUGCUACAAUAGGUGAACUUUACUACAGAAUUGCAGAGAAGAGCAAGAUUCAUGGAUGUCCUGCAGGUGUGUACCCGAGCUUAGGCAUAGGUGGGCAUAUAACAGGAGGUGCAUACGGUUCCUUGAUGAGGAAGUAUGGUCUUGCUGCAGACAAUGUUGUAGACGCAAAGAUCGUUGAUGCUAAUGGCAAAUUACUCGACAGAACCGCGAUGGGAGAGGAUCUGUUUUGGGCAAUCAGAGGAGGUUCUGGUGGGAGUUUCGGGAUCAUUUUAUCAUGGAAGAUCAAGCUUGUUCCAGUUCCUGUAACCCUUACAGUCUUCACCGUCACCAAAACGUUAGAACAAGACGUAGGACUCGAGAUUCUUUCAAAGUGGCAACGAGUUGCGGACAAGCUAGUUGAAGAGCUCUUCUUGUGAGUGUUCUUCACAAUUGCUGGAAACAAUGGAAACAAGACUGUGUCCAUGUCGUACAUAGGUCAGUUUCUUGGCGAGAAAGGCAACUUGAUUGAAGUUAUGAACAAGGGUUUUCCGGAACUAGGGCUAACUCUGGAGGAUUGUGUAGAAAUGAGCUGGAUCGAAUCCAUUGUUUACAACUCUGGAUUCCGGACAAACCCUCUUCCUCCUCCUGAGGUUUUGCUUCAAGCUAAGUCACCUUUAGGAGAAGUUUACUUUAAAGCGAAAUCCGAUUUCGCUAAAGAACCUAUUCCUGCUUUAGGUCUUAAAGGGAUGAUCAAGAAGUUUCUUGAAGAAGACGCAGCGUUAGUGAUCUGGACUCCUUACGGUGGAAUGAUGGAGAAGAUCCCUGAAUCUGAGAUCCCAUUUCCGCAUAGAAGCGGAACCAUCUUCAUGAUUCAGUAUUACAGGAGCUGGUCAGAGACUGAGAAGAGACCGGACUUACGUAUCAAAUGGAUCAGAGAGUUGUACAGUUAUAUGACGCCUUAUGUCUCAAGCAAUCCAAGACAAGCAUAUGUGAACUAUAGAGAUCUAGACCUGGGACAGAACAAUCACAACAACUCAAAGGAAAACUUCUUAAAUGCUCAAAUCUGGGGAGCUAAGUACUUCAAAGACAACUUCAACAGAUUGGUGAAGAUUAAAUCAAAGGUUGAUCCAGAGAACCUCUUCAGACACGAACAGAGUAUCCCACCUCUUUUAUAACUUUAAGCUAAGCUCUUGUUUCUUACAAUAGU